UCCAAAACAAUAUGGCGGGACACCAGCAAAUGUAAAAUGCCGACAAUUCAACAUGUGAAGUUAUUUAAUAGAGAAAACUACUUUAUAUGCUUCCAAUAUUGAAGCCAUUUGCGAAAUAACUGUCACCAUGUGCGACCUUUGUAGUGAUAUGGUAUUUUUACUUGACAAUUAUGAAGAAAGAAGUCAAGUCAGCGGAUGUCAGCUGAAUAAAAACGAAAUAUUUUCCUUUGUAACUUAUGUCCACCUGUGGCCUCAGAAGCAAUGCAUGUGUUGUUUUAAAACACUGAAAAAUUUUGAGAAGUUGAAUAACAUGGUUCAAGUUAUCCUGAGUGUCGCUAUUAGGGCCAUUCAAACUCUACCUGACAAUCAUGAGAAAGACAAGAAAAAGGAAGACAAAGAAGAAGAACAGAAGGAUGAAAAAAUGCAAGCAGAAGAGGAAGAUGACAAUGAAGAACCAGAGAAAUGGACUUCAGAGGAGAAAGAAAAAUUACUUACAUUUGUAACCAAAGUAUUCCUGAUGAACUUUCCAUCUUACAUGGCAUAUAAGCAUAUGGUUCAUGCUUCUCUGGAGGAGUUGUCACAACAGGAAACCAGUGCUUUGAAUAACUACUGUGAGAUUUCUGACCCAGAAGUGCCAAUUUAUCUGCUGAGAAAUUUGUGUUACUUCAUAGACAGCAAUGGUAUUGCCGGCCUCAAGCAGUGCUUUGACAAGGCUAACCCUGAAUCUUUAUCCUUUACUGUAGCUCAUAUACUGAUAACAUUAAUAGCUAAUUUACGAAUGUGGAUGAAUAUACAGACCGUCAUGCAGUGUAUUGUUCCUCUUAGAUCAACAAUUAUAAGGUACAUGUGUAAGUUGUCAGACCAGGAUUUGAGAUUAGCUGGUAAUCGUAACAUGACAGACUUAAUGUGGGCAGCAGUGAAGGAGCCUUUAGAGACACACUUUACAUUUGAUAAAGAAGGACUAGACCUAGCAUUCAAAUACUUCACAUGUUCAACAUUGACUAUACGACUAGCAGGCAUAGCACAAAUAAAUAGUCAGAUAAACCUGUAUAAUGAGAGUUGUAAUAAUGAGACACUGUUGGAUGCUGAAAGAGUUGGCCAUCAGUUAGCCCAGUGGUUGAUAGACAACAAAAUAAUAGAACAUAUAUUUGGGCCAAAUUUACAUGUAGAGCUUAUCAAGCAAAGUCAGAUGAUUUUGAAUUUACUAGCUAUGGAAAAUAAGAUAACCAAUGAACAUAUAGAUUGUAUCUGGGCUGCAAGUCAGUUGAAGCACUGCAGCAAACAGGUAUAUGACAUCCUGAUUCCAUUGAUUAAAAAUCUAGAACUGCAACCAGUCCAACAUCUCCUAAAACUGGUUUCUUCAUUAGAUCAAACAGCUCAUACAGAGUCUACUUUAUAUGUAGCUUCAGCUCUUAUUAAGUGUGUAUGGAGUACUUGUGCUGGGAAUCAUUGUGGAACAACAUUACAGCCGACACAGACUCAAUACCCAGCCAUGCAAACUGAGGAGGAUGGAAACACAAGUAAAGAGACAAAACAUGAAGCAAGCAGUGAGGAAAGUAUACAAGUAUCGGACGAAGGAGAGAAAGAAAAGUUAAUAAAAAUGGCACAGCAGAGACAUAGACGGAGAAACAGACAUCGUAACCUAGGCAACCGUAAUAGAAUACCAAAACAUGUAUGCUGUUCUGGUGCUGAAUCAGAAGAGGAAUGUGAAGGUCACAGUGAGGAAAGUGAAGAGGACCAUGAAUGUAUGCAUCAUUCAAGACAAGUUCCUCAUGGACAUAGUGAGGGUAGCGAGAGUGAGGUGGAGGCAAGCGAGUCCAGCGAGGAAGAAGUUGAAGAUGAGACUGAGGUAAUUUCUGGACAGUGUCAUCAACAUAGACUACUAAUUGCUCAACAACGAGCAAUAUUACGGAGGCACUAUCAGGAUGGUCAUACUGUAGAUACAUCAGAGGAAGAGGAAGAGGAGGAAGAAUCUGAAUAUAUCGAUUCAGAGGAUGAGGAACUGUUGAAAGAGGCAAGACUUGUGCAUACCAGACACCCUUGUCACCACACGAGUGAAGAAAGUUCAGAUUUUGAUGAAGAGGCACUACAGCAAGGCAAAAUGACAUAUCAAAUGGCAGAACAUUUAUUACGAAAACAUCAUCAUCAACAGCAGAAGCAGAUGUUAGAGGCAGCCCAUAGACAGGCUCUCAAAAAACAGGAGACCACAAAAACUCCCAAAACUCCAGAGAAAAAAGUCCAAUCAAAGCUUAAGACAGAGGAAAGCAGUGAUGAUAAAGAGAAGAAAUCAGAUGAAGCAGAGAAAGAGGAAGAAAAGGAAGAAAAAAUGGAUGAUCAGGAAACUGAAGCUCCACCUAAUGACCAACCAACAACAUCAGAAGAACAAGGAGAAUUGAAUCCUGCUGUAGAAACAGAAAUCUAUGAUGUCUCUGAAUUUGUAGAACAGAUCCAUGCACAGUGUACUAAGAAAAAGAGACACCAUGCGGAACCUGGUCAUACAACCAAGGAAGGAACAACCAGUGGUGAGGAAGUGGAGGGCAGUUGUCAUAGUUCCAGGAUCAGUAAUAAGUCAGAGAAAAACAUGGCUGAUUUCGAAGGAGAGGAUUUCAUCAGUGAUGAAGAAUUAGCUCAAAUUAAUGCUCAAAGACAGUUCAAUCCUCAUCAAAUGCAGCAGCAUUUAUCAAAUCUGGCCUCUAUGUACCAUACCCAUCUACCACAUGGUCCAGUACACAGUAGACCACAGCCUAAGGAGGCACCCUAUACAGAGUUUAACUUUGAUACUGUCUGUCAAAAAGGCAAUACUUUAUUAUGGGAUUUGGUGCAAGAAGAAACAGCUCCAUCACUACCAGAAGGACUAGCCAGUGAAGCAGAGAAAGCUUUAUGUACACUAGUAUGUUAUUCCACUGACAGGAGAAUCAAGAUGAAAUUUAUAGAGGCUUGUGUGGAGAAUCUUGCUCACCAUAGGUCUGUUGUUGUUUCAUUAAGACUACUACCCAAGAUACUAAGUUCUUUCCAGCAGUACAGGAAUGGAAUAGAUACACAUCAUGUUACAAUGUGGGCAGAGAAAGAUUUGAACAUGAUGAGCCAUUUCUUCAUAGAUUUAGUCCACUACACAGAAACAAAAGAAAGAUCUAAGCCAUCUGAUUCAUUAUAUAGUCAUAAAGAACAGAUACAAGUACGACUGUCAUUUUUAACAUGUGUUUUCUCAGCUAUGGGUUCACCAGAUGGAUUUAGAUUGAACUUGGAACAGGUAGAUACUCUGUGGAGAUGUGUAGCAUUAGAUCCUGAGUGUUCAGAUGAAUGUUUAAGUUGGUUUCUCAAUCAGGCUAAAAGUAAAGAUCAUCAUGCUAUGGGACUGGAGACAUUUAAACACAUCUUCCUGGAAAAGAUGCACCAGUUAGAGCCGGAGAAUAUGAGUGUAACAGGACUGAAUUUGUUUCAACAGUUGUCACAUCUGACUAGGAUUGCUAAUGCAUCAUUUGAUACAACUUUGUCAGAGGAUGAGGUGUGUGGUAUUGACCAGCUAUGGUCCAUAGCAUUACGUGCUAAUAAUACAGAUGUCAGUAUUACAGCUAUACAGAUAUUGAAUUGUUACUAUAUCAAUUAUGGUAAUGGUCAUCUAGAGAAAGAAGAAGAGUUUAUCAAAAGAUGUAUGGAAAGUUUGGUCCAGACACUUACAGAUAUAGAAAAGAGUCCAGAGACAAAUCUACUAGUGAUUCAAAGAGGUUUAGUUUUACUGAAGAACCAUUUGGAAGCUUUCAGGAAACGUUAUGCCUACCACCUACGUAACUGGCAAAUAGAUGGCAGAGGUAUACAGAGUCAUCAGAGAAAUAUCCAGGAGAAAACGUCGGCUAAUAUACGUGUUGUAUUACAACCAGCUGGAAUGGCAGAAAAGACUCCUUUGGAGUUGUCAUUAACAGACCUUGUAGCAGAAUUACGAGCAGAAGUAGCCAGAUGGUGGGAGGGGCUACAUAAACAGCAGAUGCAGAGACACCAAGCUGAAGGAGGAAAAGGGAGUUCCUUGUUAUCACCAAUCUUAGGAGCCAUGUUAGGUGAUGGUCCCAUACGUAUGAUUACAUUAGGACAAGAACUUACUGUAGAUAUGGAUGAGAAAACUCUUGGCGAAAUGCAGUUUAAAGAUAUGCAGCUUGUAUUUGUAUCAGUUGGUGCUAGCAGACCUCCCAGGAAAAUGGAUGGCAGUUUACCGUCAUCCUGCCUCCCAUCACCUGUAUCAGAUAAACUACCUGUAACACUACUUAUCAGAGAACCACACUUCCAACAACUGUUUAUGUUACUAGAAGAACUGAGUAAAUUGGACUUCAACUUCUCUAAAAUGGAAAGCCAAGAGAGAAGAGGAUUACAGACAACAGCCAGAAUCUUGUCUAGAAAAGUGUGGGAGCUGCUGAUGUUACUACCUACAAACCAGAGUAUGCUAGAGGGAUUCAAACAAAUCGUCUCUGAAGAUUGUGAUGAGCAGAAAGCUUCAUGGAACGCAUUGCUAGAUUCUGUGGGACCUCAUAAAUUGAUGUACUCCUUACAGAUAGUUGAGACUUUGUCACGACCAGUCAGGAAUCGUAAAAGAUCUUUUAUGAGAUCUGGUGGUGGAGAUUCUAUCAUGAGUACUGACUCAGAAAUGGAUGUCACUGAAAAUCCUGAGGAAAUAUGGAGUCAAAAGUUUAUUACAAAAGGAGGACUAAAGCAUCUGCUGAAUGUAUUUAAGUCCGGUAGUUUACAAGCUAAUGAAGAUGAAGAAUGGAGUCAGUGGAACCAGGAAUGUCUUGCCUACCUGUUACGACUAAUCAGUCAGUUUUCUGUUGACUCAUCUGAUGCUGAAGCUGGACAUGAUGAUGUUUUUGAAACCUACGAGAGUCCUAGAAGAAAAAUGAAACGGAAAGGUGGAAAUGAAAAGAUUGUGAUACCAAGGUUAAAUAAGUCAACCCUGGCCAUGUUGAACAUAGACACAGGUUUGAGUAUUCUGAUGCAAAUCUUAUAUGAUGCUGCUGUUCCUAGAGAAUCUGGACCUAUCCAUACAGGAACAUGGGGGAGAGCCGAAGUUGUUCACUAUUCCCUGUCAUUUCUGGUUUCCUGGACAUAUUCCUGUGAUAAUGUUAGACAGGCCUUGUGCUCAUCACCAAAGUUUGUUCCUUGGUUAAAACGACUGACGUUGGAAGCACCUGAGCCAUUUGUUAGGCGUGAGGCCUGUAUGGGAUUAUACAGACUAUGUCUUGGUAGAACUACAGAUGGAAAGACAGGUUACCCCUUACUGAUCCCAAUGAUUACAAAUCUUCUUUCGUUCCUUGACAAUGCCCUGGCAAUUAAACCACAGAAAACAUAUACUGACGCUGAUGGUUUUAAGGAAAAAGAACCCCAUGGACCAGGUUGUAGAGAUUACUUCUGGCUAGUCUGCAGAUUUGUUGACAGUAUUUCUAAAGAGGAUGCCAAACCUGAAUCUGAAAGUGGAUUAGAUUUGAAUGAGUUAGCCAAGAAAGCUACCACCUUGACACUAAGCAGGUCAUACUAUGAAACAAGACAAGGAUUUGAAGAAGAUGAUGGAGUGAUUGGAAUGUUAAACUUGAGUACAUCAAUACUAAAACACAAACCAGCGUUUAAGACCUCACCUGAGGGACAGGAAUUUCUUAAUGAGGUGUUUGAUUUCCUGUUUGCCUUGCCUAAUCCAAAGAAGCGUUACUUUCCAAAGUGUAAAAGUCAAACAGCACGAGGGGCAGCAUAUGAUUUGUUGGUAGAAUUUGUGAAAGGUUGUGUAGAGAACUUCAGGAUUUUACACAGCAAAAUGAUGCAACAACAUUCAAAAGAUUCCCAUUCUCAGUAUCCUUGGGAUUACUGGCCACAUGAAGAUGGUAGAUCUAAGUGUGGAUAUGUUGGACUGACAAACCUAGGAGCUACAUGUUACAUGGCCACAUGUAUGCAACAUUUGUACAUGAUACCACAAGCUAGACAGUCAGUUUUACAAGCCAAGUGUACAAAACAGAAUCGUUAUGAAGAGACACUGAUUGAAAUACAGAAAAUGUUUGCCUAUCUUCAGGAAAGCGAGAGAAAAGCCUAUAACCCAAGAAGUUUUUGUAAGACCUACACAAUGGAUAAACAACCAUUAAACACUGGAGAACAGAAAGAUAUGACAGAGUUCUUCACAGAUCUAAUCAGCAAGCUUGAGGAAAUGUCACCAGAAAUGAGGAAGCUAGUCAAGAGUUUAUUUGGUGGUGUGUUAACCAAUAAUGUGGUUUCUCUGGAUUGUCCUCAUGUCAGCAGAACCCUAGAAGAAUUUUAUACUGUAAGAUGUCAGGUUACAGAUAUGAAAAAUCUUAACGAAUCCUUGGAUGAGGUAACAGUUAAAGAUAUGUUAGAAGGAGAUAAUAUGUAUACCUGUUCUAAAUGUCAGAAGAAGGUCAGGGCAGAAAAAAGGGCCUGUUUUAAGAGACUACCCAGAAUAUUAUGUUUCAACACCAUGAGGUAUACAUUUAACAUGGUGACGAUGCUGAAGGAGAAGGUCAAUACACAUUUCUCCUUCCCACUUAGACUGGACAUGUCACAAUAUAUGGAGAAAAAUCUAAUGGGACCAGACAAACUCAAAGAUGAUGAUGAAGAUGACAAAAUGCAGAUUUUAGGAGAAUACGAAGAUAAUGACAGCUAUGAUUAUGAACUGAUAGGGGUAACUGUGCAUACUGGUACUGCUGAUGGGGGACAUUAUUAUAGUUUUAUCAGAGACAGGUUACAUAAAUCAGAAAAUGGACAAGACAAAUGGUACCUGUUCAACGAUGCUGAAGUGAAGUCUUUCGAUCCUAGUCAGAUAGCUCAAGAAUGUUUUGGUGGUGAAAUGACUAGUAAAACCUAUGACUCAGUGACGGAUAAGUUUAUGGAUUUCUCCUUUGAAAAGACUAACAGUGCCUAUAUGUUGUUUUAUGAGAGAUGUUCACCCAGACCUGAGGAUGGUGAGAAGAAAUUAGAUUUGGUAGACCAGACUGUAGAUCAACCAAAGUUUAACUUUGAAUUAACAAAGGAAUUAGAAGAGUGGAUUUGGCAAGAUAACACACAGUUUUUACAGGACAAAAAUAUUUUGGAUCACACAUAUUUCGGGUUUAUGUGGCAGAUAUGUGGCUACAUACCUACUACUUUACCAAAAGAUCCAGAAAAUCUGGUUUCAUUAAAUGCUGCUCAACUUAGUACUUCAUUUGUAUUGGAAACACUAAUACAUGCAAAAGAAAAGCCAACAAUGUUACAGUGGAUUGAAUUGUUGACAAAACAGUUUAACUCAUGUCCUGGAGCUUGUGAGUGGUUCCUGGAUCACAUGGCAGAAAGUGACUGGUGGCCACAACAGAUUCUUAUAAAAUGUCCUAACCAGAUGGUCAGACAGAUGUUCCAGCGACUGCUUAUUCAUGUUAUCACACAGCUUAGAUCAUCACAUGAAGAUCUCUACCUGGUUCCUCUCAUUGAAGGGGAAGAUGGAGAAAUUGAUGUAGGAGAACUUGGAAGCAAGUCAUGUGUUACAAGGUUCAUCAAGAAAAUGUUAUCUAUAAUUGAACAUGGAGUAAGACCACACAGUAAAUAUUUAACAGAGUACUUUGCAUUCCUACUUGAGUUUGCUAAGAUGGGAGACGAGGAGUGUAUCUUUAUGAUUCACAUCAAUGCUAUUUCAACAAUGAUUAACUUUUACCUUGGACAGAAAGCUCAAGAAAAUUAUGUUGAAAUUCCCUCUGAUGAUGAAGAUGAUGAGGUCAUCACUAUAACAGACGAUGCCUAUAAACCUCUGUCAUUGGAGAAGAUGAUCACGCUCAUUGCCGUACUGGUUGAGAAGUCCCGUGGAGAGGAUAAACAAUUACAUAUCAGUGAUAAAGAUUAUAGCGCUAUUAUUGGGGGGAAGGUUAGUACUGUGAAGGGGUUCCCAUUCUUAUUUAACCAAAUAAGAGAUGCCAUCAAUUUGAGACAGACAUGUAAUUUGAUAUUUAGUCUGAGUCGAUGGAAUGAACAGUUAGCUGUUGCUAUUGUAACAAUGGUAUUUAGUGCAAUAAAGAAAUUAAGUAUAGAACAUUCCCAGCCAUUCUUCAAACUGUUGUCGAUGUUAGUAGAAUUUGGUGGAGGUCCUCCAGGAUUACCUCCCUUUACACAAUAUUGUCUACAGCGUUUCUGGGAUCUAACAAAGAGUUGUCCUCAGCCAUGUUUAGAGUGGAUGUCCUCUCAAGUCACAAGAAAUAAAUUAGCUAGUCAUUGGAUUCUGAAUCAGAGAGAAAGCUGGGUGGAACCAUAUCUUAUAGCAAAUAAUAACGCUAGAGUCAGAAAUGCUGCUGCCAUGUUGUUGAUCUCUCUGGUACCCAGUAAUCACUUCAGACAGACCUUUAGAGCUACCAGGAGUAUUGUUAGUCCUCAUAAAGAGUCAGCUAUGUCAUCAGAAGCUGUGAUAGUUUUGCACCAGAUUUAUGAACACUUGUUAAGUUUGUUAUCCAGAGCCAAACUGUAUGUUGAUCCACAGGCUCAUGGAACUUCCAAACUGACCAGUUAUUUUGCUGUGAUGUCUUACUGUUUGAUUUCAAGAACAGAAAAGUUAAUGUUUGGUAGAUUGUUCCAGGAUUUAUGGAACCUUUUUCAGCCUAAAUUGUGUGAACCCCAGAUCUCAAUGCAUCAUAAUAAGCAGGCUUUGAUGUAUUUCUGGUAUCAGGCAUGCGUAGAUUGUCCAGAAAACAUCAUGAAGAUUGUCAGUAAUCCAAAUGUUUGUAAGCAGAUAGCUUAUAAUUAUAUUUUAGCUGACCAUGAUGAUCAGGAUGUUCUAAUGUUUAACAGAAUAAUGUUACCAUCAUAUUAUGGGUUAUUACGGAUGUGUUGUCAACAAUCCAGGGUAUUCACAAGACAGUUAGCUUCACAUCAGAACAUAAACUGGGCUUUCCAAAAUAUUGCACCUUAUCCCACGAAAUAUGCUGCUGCUGUAGAUGAAUUAUUCAAAAUGAUGAGAUUAAUGGCUACAAAAUACUCAGACAGUUCAGAAGAGGAAGUUAGAUCCAUUAAUUCAUUCAAGAAAAAUACAUCACAGAUGUUCCUUAAUAUGUUAGAUGCUAGAUCUGGAUGGCAAACUUUGAUCAGUGUAUUAAAGAUAUUGGUUGACACUGAUAAUGACAGACUGUUCCUUAUCUACCAGGGAGGAUUACAGAUGAUGUCUGAGGCAUUUAACAAUUUACAUGUGAUGUACCAUGAGGCUACAGCAUGUCAUGUGACUGGGGACAUUGUAGACCUGCUGACCAUUAUACUGCCAGUGUUGAAAGUACUGAGGCAUUUUCAUGACAAGAAAAGUUCUGGUUCAGAUAUUCAAACAGUAUUUCAGAAUUGGAGAGAUAGAAUGGAAUUUGUAAAGAAACUGCUGACGUUACUGAAUUCAUUUACACCACCAGAGAUCAGGCAGAUAUCUAUAGAGGUUUUACGAGAAAUGGUGAUAAUUUUCCAGAGCGAAUGUGUUCAUACAAUGGUUCCAAUGUUAACACAGGCUCAUGUUUCUUUCCAAGAAAGUAAUUUGCCAGUACCGACACCAGGACCAUAUUUCCCUAGAAGAGGUCAGAAGCCUAUAGGGUCCAAGUCCAAUAUACGUCCACCAAGACCACAGUUUAAUAUGAUGUUACAUUCUAGUCAAGUAGAGGCAACAAAGGGUGUUGAUGAGAAUUAUGAUUGUGCAUUGUCAGAAUUCUUCUUACCAUAUCAUUCCUUGGUAGAUCUCAUUUGUAGAGUGGCUGUCAACCAACAGAUUCUUAAUGAACAUAUAAUUAAUCUUAGUGCUGUAGUGGCUGUGGAAGGUGUCCCAUUACAUUCAGCUUUCUUUGCAAAGUUGUGGUAUGAAAUUUAUCAUUCUGAGGUUGAUAGAAAUUGUAUAAGAAUACUUUGCAGUAGCAGUUACUUUAUAGAAUAUGUAGAUUCAGUAUUAUUGGAUGAAAGACUGUCACUAAACAAUCAUAAUAUAUACCAGUUCUUUUGUAACUUCUUUCCAAAGGUGUAUCAACAAGUGCUAAACGACCAGGGGAAAUCAUUACUUGAUAGUUUGGUUGCCUCGGUAACAGCAGAAAAAUCUGCCAUUGAAAAUGUCAGAUACCAACAAGAUUUACUUAAUAUCUGUGAAAGAAUUAAUGGGGAUUUGCGAGCCAUGUUACUGAUAUUCUCUGUUCAACCUCCAAAGAAGAUGAAUCCUUUGUUAAUGGACAGUUUACAUUACAUCUUGAGCAUAUGUAGAGAAAACCAGCAGCAGAGAGCAGAGGCAGCUAGAAUUCAGAGCAGAAAACGGUCUGGAUCUGAGAGUCAGGAGGAAUUAACAGAUUCUACAGAAGCUACACCUUCCAAAAAGAGGAGAGUUUCUGGAAAGGAUUCAGCUGAUGAAGCAGAAGAUAGAGACUCUAGUAGUGAUGUAGAAAUUAUUCCUGAUGACACACCACCUAAAAAGGAGGAAGUCAAGUCUCCUGAGAAGGAGGAAGAAAAGGUGUCAUCUGGAGAAAAUUCUGAGUCAGAUACUAAAAUCCAAGAAAGUAGUAGUCAAAGUGACAGUGAGAAACCUGGACCUAGUACUUCUAAAGAUUCAAAAGAUUCUAAAGAAGAAGAAAGUUCAGACUCCAAGGAACCUGAAAAUGAAACAGAAAAAGAAAGUGAGGAGAAAGUUGAGAGACAGAAUAGUUCUGAAAGUAGGCAGAGUAGUGAUGAAGUACCGAGACAGAAAGAAAGACCAACUAUUGUGGACUUAGUAGCCAAACAAAUUGAUUCUAUAUUUUCUCUUAUAGAGAAACAUUAAUGUGCUUUAUAGGAAAUGGUGCUGAAUUUGUAACAAUCAAAAAUCAUUUUUACUAUAGACUAAUUGAUGAAUGAUCAGAUUAGUAAAUGAAUUCGAAAGUUUUUAACUUGCUCUGUAAAAUUCCCAUAUUGUAUGAGUAGGAACGUUUUUAAGAUUGUAUAAAUUGUUUUUUCUAGAACUUUCUGUGUUGACAGUCUUCCUUUUCUAGUGAAUCCAUAAAUUAUGCUGAGGAUGUGCUUUGUGUGUCUUUCUUAUUGACAUUUUCUUUUGCUUUUGGUAAUGCUUGUUCAACCCCAAAAUAUCUAUUACAAUGCAUAUGAAUAAUCACUGUUCCUUUAAGGUACAACAAGGUUUUAAGAAGGAAUAAAGCAUUUCCAUGUUAUAAACCUAUUUUAAAGUGCCUUUCUGGAAUCAGUUCAUUAGUUAAUUGAACACACCCAUAAAUGUUACAUACAGUUUUUACUGUGAUAACCAUUUCAAAUGAAAUGCAUGAAAUUUUGGUGGUUGCAAACUAGAACAGAUCUGAAACCAAUUAAAUAGGUAAAGAUCAGUUUUAUUCAGGUUGAUAUUAUGAGAAAAAUUAGUCAGUCGUCUCCUUUUGAUUAAGCUAUGUAGGGGAUAAAAUUAGUUAUCUAUUUUACUAAUUGGUGUAUGUGUAUAGAAAUCAUGCAGUAAAAUUGAUUAUAUAGUAUUUAUUUAUUUUAGAAGCAAAAAAAUAAAAUAACAAAAUAAUGCUCAAAGGCUAUAGUAGAUUAAUUGGUAACACUGAUAUUAUCAUAAAUAGUUAUAAUGUUAAUAUUUCUAUCGGAGAGAAAUACAACAAAAAUGUUUUCGGUAAUUUUGAAGUACUUCUAUUUCAUUGAAAAUAUUUUCAAAGGCAAAAUCUCAUCUAUGGUAAAAAAAAAUUGAACAGCACAUGGGUUGUAUGGAACAAUAACAUAUUUUAAUGAAUUUAUUUUUAUAGAGAAAAGAAUAAGAUGUCAGUUUUUUCACUGUUCUAUUCCUGUUAUCAUGCAUGUAUUAUGAACAUCAUUAAAUAGUAAUAUAUAUUGUUAUGACAUAAAUAUCAGUGAAUAAUAUCAGAAUAAAAAUGUUUUUUUGCACAGGCUAACAAGUGUAAUAGAUAUUCUAUGAACAACAGAUUUUGACCGUUAGUAAAAUUUUGAAAUGGUGUUAAGAACAUUAUUAGCAAAUUGUUCAUUUUGAGUGACAUUCUACUUGGAACAUUUUAAUUAUAUGUGAAUGUUUACAUGAUUGCCACCACAGGAAUGGAAUAAUCCAUAUCAUAAUCCAUAUCAUGAUCCUUAACUAUUAAAAGAGUUUGUGGAUAAUUCUGUUUCUACACACGUUUGCCAUAAUUACUGUUUCAAAUGGAAUGCAUAAAAAUGGUUUCAAACUAGAACAGAUCUGACUGACACAGACUAUACAUGUAUCUCUGUAAAAUCUGUUAUUUUUAUUCAGCAUUAUAUCAGUUGAUAUUAUCAGAAAAAUUAGUCAGUUGUUUAUCGUGAUUAAGCAAUCUAGGGGAGACAAUUUAAUUUCUUCAUGAAAAGCAAAGAUAAAUAUUAUCUCCCCUACAUAAAUUGCUGAAGGAUAAAUUAAUCUUUGAUUUAGUCUUUACUUUUACAUGAUACAGUAUUGCAAAUUCAUUACUCAGAACUGGUUAAAUAUAUAUUGAAGGAAUAAUGUGUUAAGCAUUUUAGAAUUUUGCAUUUAUUAUCAAAUAUUUAUUAUUUUUGUUGUGAUCUCAAAAUGUGUUCACUGCCUAUGUAAUUGUGUAUUUGUGACAAUCAUGUCAAGAAUGGGUGUAAGUUUUUUGUCAAUUUAUUGGUUUGAGUUGUAAAUUUAUUUCUGGAAAUUGUAAGAAUGCCAUUCCACAAAGAUUUAAACUCUUAAAUUGUGAAAUAAAUAGAUUUACUUUUAAAAAAAAUAUACAAAUAUUGACUCCCAAAUCUGUUUGUGAUUUCUGUUUUAAAUUCAUGAAUGAAAACUUUUUGCAUGGAUUAUUGUUGAAGACUUGUCAACAGAUUGAAAGACAUUUUAGUAGAAUACAGUGUGACUAACAUGUGUGAAUUGUAUGACCAUGGUUGUAAUGAUGAUGUAGAAAAUAUGUAAAGCAAACUUACAAACCUAUCAAUGUUUAUGUCUGUCCUUGAAAUAAGAUGACUUCAAUUACCAUAUCUCUUCAAUGAUGAGUAUAAAAAUAAGAAGUAUGAUUCACAAUGAGAAAACUAUCUGCCAAGGACCAUAGAACUGGGAUUCUAUGAUAACUUUUAUUAGUGCAAAUACUGGUUGGGUUUUGUUGUUUUUAAUUUUUUUUCAAUUGCGUCUAACAAUUCAGUAAAGUUAUGUUUAUUUUUUUAAAGAAAAUGAACAAACCAAAAAGACAUACACAUUGAUAGGUGAAGUUUGAUUUCUGAGUGAUUGUAUGUUAUAUGUAUAUAUUGUAUAGUGUUAAAUUUGUCUGUUGUUGAUCACAAUAUCUUCUGUUUAAGGAGCAAAUCAAUUUACUGCGUUUUUAUACAUUUAUGGUAAGGCCUUUAUUUUAUCUUUUUUUUUCAGUCUUUACAUGUUCGUAGCUUUUACACUUUAUAAGAAACUUGGUAUGGUUGCUGCUGUACACUGAAAACUGGAACAUGUGAAACAUUCAUCAUAUAAUGUUGCACAGAUAAUUUGGAAUUAAGCAAUUUGAUAAAAGCUAUCUAAAGUCAGUGAAAAAACAUUAGUCUCACGUACGUUUUAUUUAAAAUAUUCAGUUUAACUUGUCAUUUAUAGAUCUCUCUGAGAAGCCGCCUCCUUUUGGUAUACUACUUCAAAGUCCAGUUUCUUCAAAAUAUAUAUAUAUUGGAAAAGCCUUUCACGAGAGAACAAUUGUCUUAGAUAUUUUAAGGGAUUGCUGUUUAAAAAAAAAGACCCAAGAAAAUAUGGUUUCACAAGAAAGAUAAUGAAUGCUACAUAAUUCAAGAAGCAAUUAAAAGUACAAGGGAGAAAAUUGUUAUCAUUCUUCCAUAUGAUGUUUGCUUUAAUAUUUAAAACAAUAGAAAUUAUUUAAUGAGGGAAGUGCAAUCUUCUCUUUAUAUUGACUGUCUUAAGAAAUGUUAUUUUAACUUAAUUUAGUGAUCUGCUGCUUACACAGAAAUGAUAUUCAUGUGCUUUUAGUAAAUGGCUGAACAAAUUUUA